AUGAUUAUCCCAAUAGUUUUGAUAUUGGGAUCACUUGGUUCAACACUAGCAGGUACCACCAUAGAGUUCCAAGCCAUAAAUUGCAGAAAGCACAGUGCAGUUUUGACAGAUUUUGGAGGAGUUGGUGAUGGAAAAACAUCAAACACAAAGGCUUUUAAAACAGCAAUUUCCAAGCUAAGUCGGUAUGCAUCAGAUGGUGGAGCACAACUUAUCGUUCCACCAGGAAAAUGGUUAACUGGGAGCUUUAAUCUCACCAGCCAUUUCACCCUUUUUCUGCAUAAGGAUGCUGUUCUUCUUGCUUCUCAGGAUGAGGCAGAAUGGCCAGCUUUCCCUCCAUUGCCCUCCUAUGGUGUAGGUAGAGAUGAACCUGCAGGAAGGUUUAGUAGUCUCAUUUAUGGCACAAACCUAACAGACGUUGUGGUCACUGGCAACAAUGGCACAAUCGAUGGGCAGGGCCAAGCUUGGUGGGACAAGUUCCACCAGAAAAAACUGAAACUGACUCGACCGUAUCUGAUAGAGUUUUUGUACUCUGAUCAGGUUCAGAUCUCAAAUCUUACAUUGAUUAACUCUCCUUCCUGGAAUGUUCAUCCUACAUAUAGCAGCAAUGUGUUGAUCCAGUGGUUGACUGUUUUGGCACCAGUUGAUUCUCCUAAUACAGAUGGGAUUAACCCAGAUUCAUGCUCGAAUGUCCGAAUCGAAGAUUGUUUCGUAGUAUCAGGGGAUGACUGCAUUGCAGUUAAGAGUGGAUGGGAUCAAUACGGUAUCAAAUUUGGGAUGCCUACACAGCAUCUAGUCAUACGGAGGCUAACCUGCAUUUCCCCUGACAGUGCCACCAUUGCUCUCGGAAGCGAAAUGUCCGGCGGAAUCCGGGAUGUUAGAGCUGAAGAUAUCAUAGCCAUCAAUACUCAAUCUGGGGUUCGAAUCAAAACUGCUGUCGGCAGAGGAGCUUAUGUGAAAGACAUUUUUGUAAGAAGAAUGACCCUGAAGACAAUGAAGUAUGUCUUUUGGAUGACAGGCUCUUAUGGUUCACACCCUGAUCCUGGAUAUGAUCCAAAAGCACUACCUGAGAUCAAAGGAAUAAAUUACAGAGAUAUAGUGGCUGACAAUGUCACCUAUUCGGCAAGACUUGAAGGACUUAAGAACGAUCCUUUUACAGGAAUUUGCAUCUCUAAUGUAAAAAUUAGUUUGACUGAGAAACCUAAGGAUCUACAAUGGAACUGUACUGACAUACAGGGAGUUUCAAGCGAAGUAACUCCUCAGCCAUGUGCUCCGUUGCCGGAGAAAAGUAUCGAGUGUCCUUUCCCUGAAGAUAGGCUGCCAAUUGAUAAUGUCAAGCUCAAAACUUGUUCUGCUAGGACCUAG